GGUGAUGGCGGUGAUGGCGGUGAUGGCGCUGACAGCAACGGGAAAGCGAAGGAGCUGAAGGCGCAGGGCCCGGCUCGGUGUGCGGAGCGGGCAACCACUUCGACCAGUAUGAAGAAGGGCACCUGGAGAUAGAGCAGGCGUCCCUGGACAAGCCCAUCGAAUCGCCCAGUUUUUAAAGCCAGGAUAAUAUCGGACACCGCUUACUGCAGAAGCAUGGCUGGAAGCUGGGCCAGGGCUUGGGCAAGUCGCUGCAGGCGUUAUGAUCCUGGACUUGUUGUGGUGAUGGUAAACUUAGCAGUGGGAGGACAGAUCCCAUCCCAAUUGUCGUCAAGUAUGAUGUCAUGGGCAUGGGGCGCAUGGAGAUGGAGCUCGACUACGCCGAAGAUGCCACUGAGCGGAGGCGUGUACUGGAGGUGGAGAAAGAAGACACCGAGGAGCUGAGGCAGAAAUACAAGGAUUAUGUGGAUAAGGAGAAGGCGAUUGCCAAGGCUUUGGAAGACCUCAGAGCCAACUUCUACUGCGAGCUCUGCGACAAGCAGUACCAGAAGCACCAGGAGUUUGACAACCACAUCAACUCCUACGACCACGCUCACAAGCAGAGGUUGAAAGAUCUCAAGCAAAGGGAGUUUGCUCGUAACGUCUCCUCAAGAUCGCGGAAGGAUGAAAGGAAGCAGGAGAGGGCCCUGCGGCGCCUGCACGAGCUGGCCGAGCAGCGGAGGCAGCCGGAGUGCGCUCCGGGAAGCGGCCCCAUGUUCAGAACCACGACUGUGGCUGUGGACGAGGAAGGGGGGGACGACGACGACGCUGCGGCCAACAGCGGCUCGUUCCCCCAGACGUCGGGCCCGGGCGGGGAGGUGGGCGCAGACAGGGGUUUCCUAAACGUGGGGCACGUGGGGGGCAGCGCCGGGCCGGGCCAGGCACCCCUGCAGGCAGCGCAGGCCGUCAGCUUUGGCAUUAAGGGCGCGCCGGGAGCCCCGCUGCAGAAGAUCGGCGUGUCGUUCUCCUUUGCCAAGAAGACUCCGGUGAAGCUGGAGACCAUCGCUUCGGUUUUCAAGGACCACGUGGACGAAUCGAGUUCUGCAGAUGGAGCGAAAGCUGAUGAGAAAGGCUCCUCGGAUGGAGGGGGCCUGCAGAAAGCCGGGGAGGGCGAAAGCACAAACAGUUCUGACGGCAAGGCGGAGGACGACGACCACGACAAGGACAGCGGCUCUCUGGCCACCACGCUGUCUAAACUGAAAAAGAUGAGGCGGGAGGACGGACCGACGGCGGUGGAGCCGGAGUACUACCACUACAUCCCCCCGGCCCACUGCAAAGUGAAGCCCAACUUCCAGUUCCUGCUUUUCAUGAAGUCCACAGAACAAACGGAAGCUGAAAACGUGAACAAAAAAACCGCAAAUGAAGUCAGAAAGGGAAAUUCCCCUAAACCCAAACCCGGCAAGCACGUGGAGAAGGCAGCCGAGAGCACGGCCCCGCCGAAGGAGCAGAGUGCUGCCGAAAGCGGCGCUCAGCAGGGCGAGGGGGAGCAGAAGGAGGCCCCAGGAGACGUCGGCGCGCAGGAGAGCGAGAGCCUGGCAGAGAGCGGCCUGCCUGAGCCCGGCGGCGCUGCUGCCCCGAGCUGUAGGGACGCCCCAGAGGGGCCCAGGCCGCCGCCGGGACCCUUCAUCCCGGUCCUGAGUAAGGAUGAGAGCACCACUCUGCAGUGGCCGUCGGAGCUCCUCAUCUUCACCAAAGCGGAGCCGUCCGUCUCCUACAGCUGCAAUCCUCUGUACUUCGACUUCAAGCUCUCCCGCAACAAAGACGCAAAAGGGAAAGGGGCCGAGAAGCCCAAGGAUCCGGGCGGGCUGUGCAGGGAGAGCAUCCAGAACGCCGAGUUUGGAGAGGUGAGCAGAGCCAAGGAGGCGGACGGCAGCGCCGACGGCUCUGGGGGGGCGGAGAGCGGGUCGGUGUCCCAGGGCAAGGAGGGCUGCCUGCAGGGCGAGGGCGACGAGAGCGGGAGGAGCGGAAGCGGCCGGGGGAAGGCUGGCAAAUCCCACAAGCACAAGAAGAAAAAGAAGCACAAAAAGUCCAGCAGGCACAAACGCAAACACAAGGAGGAGCCCGAGGAAAAGAGCUGCAAAACGGACCCGGGUGAGGAGAAACCCAGGAAACGGAGACGGCGCCGGCACAAGAAGUUGAAAUCCUCUCUUUCUACCGAGUCGGAGCGGGCGCUGAAGGCGGAGCCGUGCGAGGAGCGCGGCCACUUGCAGAAGAAGAAGCGCCGCUCGCAGGAGUCGCAGAGGAAAUCUGUGUCGGCGGAGGAGGGCAGCAGCGGGAAGAAGGAGGACAGCGGCGCCUCGCGCCCCGAGCACGGCGCCAAGAAGCGCAGGGCUGCCCGCCGCCGGUGCCCGGGGCCGCGCCGCAGCCGGCGGAGCAGCGGGGACGAGGACGACAGCGACGAGGGCUCAGGCGGCGCGCGCUCGCAGUACAGCGACGACUACGGGUCGGGCAGCGAGCGCUCGCAGAGCCGCUCAGCGUCGGGGCGCGGGCGCUCGUCGCGGCGCUCCUACUCCAGCAGCUCCGGCGCUUCGUCCGACCGCAGCCGCUACAGCCGCCGCCGCAGCUACUCCGACAGCUACAGCGACUACAGCGCGCGGUCGCGGUGCUCCAAGCGCUCGCGGGACUCGGAGGACGACUCCGACUACGGCAGGUCGAAGCGGCGUAAGUACUCGUCCUCCGAAGACUACAGCUCGAGCCGGAGCAGGUCGAGGAGCCGCAGCGGGAGGUCGAGGACGCGCAGCCGGGGCCGGACGCGGAGCAGCAGCUGCAGCCGCGGUCGCGGCAAGAGGAGGAGCCGCAGCGUGACGGGGCGCAGCUGGAAGCGCAGCCGCAGCUACAGCCGCGGGCGCAGCAGCAGGAGCCGCUCGCAGCGCUCGCUGUCCAGGAAGGGCUCCCGCGGCCACGAGAGCCCCGAGGAGAGGAGGCCGGGGAGGAGGGACUUCAUCAGGUCCAAGAUCUACCGCUCGCAGUCGCCGCACUACUUCCGAGCGGCGCGAGGCGAGGGGGCCGCGAAGAGAGAGGACGGCAGAGGGGAGGAGCCCCGGGGCUCCCAGAGCAGCGGCUCGGGCGCCGGCCGCGCCUCGGAGGGCGACUGCAGCCCCGAAGAGCGGAACUCCGUCACCGCCAAGCUGCUCCUGGAGAAGGUCCAGUCCCGGAAGGUGGAGAAGAAGCCCUGCGUCGCCGAUGAGAUGCUGGCGGGGGCCGGCAAGGUGGGCAUCAAGCUCAAAGACCCCCCGCAGGGCUACUUCGGCCCCAAGCUCCCUCCCUCUCUGGGCAACAAACCCGUGCUGCCCUUGAUCGGGAAACUGCCGACCGUGCGGAAGCCCAGCGCCAGGAGGUACGAGGAGUGCGGGAUGGAGAGGGGCGAGGAGCUGUCGGAUUCCGAGGGGGCGGAGGAGGCGCCGCUGGGCGGGCAGCUGGGGGACGCGGCGAUGGGGCUGCAGGACGCGGCUCCGGAGGAGCGGAAGCGCGAGGAGGAGAUGCCCUCCGCUCCCCUGGAAGCGCCGGCGCUGCCCGAGUGCUUCGGCUCCGGGGACCUGGUGCUGCCCCACUCCUUCCUCGCGGCCCCGGCCGACGGUGAAGCGCUGGAGCCCGUGGACGGGGGCGGCCAGGCCGUGAUGCCGCUGGUCCCCGACGUGGAGCACUUCCCCGGCUUCGUGCCGCAGGGCGGCGAGCCCGGCAUGGAGGGGGACCGCGACGGGGGGGAGGACGCCUCGCUCGCGCCGCUGGAGAGCCAGCCCAUCACCUUCACGCCCGAGGAGAUGGAGAAGUACAGCAAGCUGCAGCAGGCGGCCCAGCAGCACAUCCAGCAGCAGCUCCUGGCCAAGCAGGUCAAGGCUUUCCCCGCCUCGGCCGCGCUGGCCCCCGCGGCGCCCGCCCUGCAGCCCAUCCACAUCCCGCAGCCGGCGGCCGCCUCGGCCACGUCCAUCACCACGGUGCAGCACGCCAUCCUGCAGCACCACGCCGCCGCCGCCGCCGCCGCCAUCGGCAUCCACCCGCACCCCCACCCGCAGCCCCUGGCCCAGGUGCACCACAUCCCGCAGCCCCACCUGACGCCCAUCUCCCUGUCCCACCUCACCCACUCCAUCAUCCCGGGCCACCCCGCCACCUUCCUCGCCAGCCACCCCAUUCACAUCAUUCCGGCCUCGGCCAUCCACCCGGGCCCCUUCACCUUCCACCCGGUGCCCCACGCUCUCUACCCGACGCUCCUCGCCCCCCGUCCCGCCGCCGCCGCCGCCGCCACGGCGCUGCACCUCCACCCUUUGCUGCACCCCAUCUUCUCAGGGCAGGACUUGCAGCACCCCCCGAGCCACGGCACCUGAGGGGCACGGAGCCGCCGUGGGGGAAGGGCGUCGUGCUCGGGGGCGAAGCUGGAAGGCAAGGAUGGGAUUCGUGUUCGCUCCCGAGCAGCCAAAGAAACACGGAGGGGUCGAUGGGCGCGCAGGGCGUUCAGCGGGGCCUGCAGUGCGCCGGAGAACGGCUGACGUCGGGACCCCCAGAGCUCCAGUGGCUCCAGCGGACCAACCGACGGCACCCCGGCUUCUGGUGGGAUGCCGUCCGUGGGACCCCCGAAGGCCUCCGGUGGAACAUCUGACGGACCUGCAGCGGCUCCGGCAGGACGAGCUGUGGGGCUGCAGGGGACCCACGAGGCAUCCAGCGGGGCUCCAGCGGGACACGGAUGGGCCAUAGGGGAGCGCAGCCCUGCGGGGACCUGCGAGGGUCCGGCGUGGAUCCAGCUGGACUCCGGUGGGACCCCAGAGGCUGCCAUGGCCUCCCAGGGGCUCCGGUUGGACUUCAGUGGGGCAUCCAGUGAGCUCCAACGGGACCCCGCUGGGCGCCAGCGGAACAUCGGGUGGGAUUCCGGAGGGUCCAGUGGGGACAGACGGGCUUCAGUGGGACAUGAAUGGGACAUGAAUGGGACAUGAAUGGGACGCCAAUGGGGCUGCAGUGGGCUCCUGUGAGACCCCCAGUGGGACCCCCAGCAAGGCACCCAUUUUGUCCCAUUGUGCGACGUGCAGCAAAGCCCCGGCCGUCCCCACAGCUCUGCACGGCGCUGGGCCUCCACGACCCCCGGCUGUUGGAGGGGCUCCUCCCGGAAGCCCCCAGCCCCACUGCUGCCCAUGGGGGGGGGGGGAGGGGCUUCAGCAGGGACCCCUGUGGAGCUGCGGGAGGAGCGCCGGGCCCCAUAAUUUAUAGGAUAUCUCUAUUUUUGUUUAACGUACAGAAUUGCACUGAGGGCAGGGGGGGGUCGGGGUGCCGGGGACCCAGCGCUCGUUAACCUCCCGCUGCUUAACGAGCGCCGGCCUGUAUUUAACUGUGUCACAUAAGAGAGAUAUAAAUAUAUAUAUAUGCUGUACAUGGGGGGCUUUCUAAUAAAGCGACGGUUUGUGGAA